AUGCCACCCAUAAAAUACAUUAUAUGACAUGUUGUGUUGCAAUUUUUGGUGAAAUCAAUCAAAUUUCAUGGAGUUGGUCAGCUUUGUGUCAGUCAGUGUCCGUUACAGCUCUUGGCUUUUUGUGUACAAUGUAUUUGAAUCUACCUCACUUCCUGUCCAGAUGGCACACGUUUCCUUCGGGAUGAGAUUCACCAGCUAGGGAAUCACCUGGAGCUCAAGGAGAAGGAAAUGGGCAAGGGGAGGAAAGCCAACGAGGAGCUAUGAUGCACUUUCAACCUCUUACCUCUUUUUGGGGGUUCUGCAAAUGGUCAGAAAACGUUGAAUAUUAAUAUCAAUGUUAUGGCAAAAGCUAAUACAAAUUUAAAAGCAAUAUCCAUGUUAAGCAUUGAUAACUUAAUGUAUUCAUUCCUCAUCUGCAUCUCUCAGCUGACUCUCCGUGCUGAAGAGGAAGAGGAGAAGAACAGAAGACUCAAAAGAGAAGUAAGUCCAGCCCUUUGUGAGCCUGCAAACGAAAAUCUUACAUUUUUAGGGUUGAAACCUUUUGUAAUUGUGAGGAUUUUUAUUCUUCUUCUCAUAAUUUUUCUGCCCUUAAACUGAUCAUGCAGCCCAAACCGUACGGCCGACAGAGUUUAGACUAAGUUGACUGAAGUUGUCUCAGCAACAAGAGCUUUUUUGGUUAAUAUUUAACUGUCUGAUAUCAUUUGAGUUUUCAUUAUUUACUGAUGUAUAUUUAAAUAUUUUAUAUGCUGUGAAUAUAUUUUAUAUACAGAGAAUGAAAGAUGUGAAUGAGCUUUGUUCAUUUUGAAAGACUGCUUAAUUCAGUUGGAUAUUGUGGGCUGAAAAGUUACUUGAAAAUGAUAAAAAAAGCUUUAUUUGAUCAAAAAACAUUUCUAUUUGGUUGAAUAAAAGUAAUGUUUUAGACAAUGUAAUAAUUGUAAUAAUUUUUAUGUCAAACUCAAAGUCCAUUUGGUUAAUCCACUUAAAGGUACGGUGUGUGUACAAGAUCAGGAUGGCACCACCUCCGCCUCAUUUUGAGCCUGGAAAAACCCUGUAUCCGUCUGUAUUUUAAAUGCAGGCUUUUUAGAAAAUGUGACACAGAAGUUAUUUUAUAACUCAUGAAUCUAUAAUUCACCUUUCAUUUGAUAUCAAGUUAUACAUUUAAAUGAACCUCAAGAUUAGAGACAAUAACCCAGUUUAUACCUGGAAAUCCCAAGAAGCCACGUGAUUGGCUGAACAGUGUUGUUUAUUUCACUUUCAGGUGACAUCACUUCCUGUUUACAUUUAAAUGAACCUUAAGGUUAUUUAAUAACUUUGUUUAUAUUUGAGAAUUCUAAGCACCCACGUGAUUGGCUGAACAGUGUUGUUUAUUUCGCUUUCAGGUGACAUCACUUCCUGUUUACAUUUAAAUGAACCUUAAGGUUAUUUAAUAACUUUGUUUAUAUUUGAGAAUUCUAAGCACCCACAUGAUUGGCUGAACAGUGUUGUUUAUUUCACUUUCAGGUGACAUCACUUCCUGUUAACAUUUAAAUGAACCUUAAGGUUAUUUAAUAACUUUGUUUAUAUUUGAGAAUUCUAAGCACCCACGUGAUUGGCUGAACAGUGUUCUAAAAUACUGUGUCGUUUUGCUGGAAGCCACCACACUCAAAACCUAAAAGCACACUGAAGAAAGAGCAUACAGCAUCUUCUCUGAGAUAUCCCUUGAGAUUUUACAAACAAUCACUACUUUUCUCUGAGCAGUUUACUUUCAACACCAUGAAGCGAAGUGCAGAUGGUAACUUCUCUGGUCCAGGCUAUAACCUGAGAAAGAGCAGAAAACCUUCGAGCCCUCUGAAGGAUCCCAACCUGUCUGACAACCUUGCAGUGAUAGCACAUGCAGUCAGCUUGGACCACAAGUACAGCUCCAAGUCUGGUAGCUCUCACUCGACACAUAAACAACUAAAGGGCAUAAAGCUAGAGAACCACUUCUUUAAAAACGCAGCUGUAAUUCCUGAGUUAUCUCCAGUACAUACAAACACUCCAACACAAGCCCAUGUUGUAGCACAUACAGUCAGCUUGGACCACAACUACAUCUCUAAGUCUGGCAGCUCUCACUCGAAACAACUAAAGGGCAUGAAGCUAGAGAACCACUUCUUUAAUAACGCAGCUGUAAUUCCUGAGUUUUGCCCAGAACUUACAAAGACUCACACCGUAGCCCAUCUGGUGCAGACCAGCCCAGAGGAACCUCUUUUAAUCCAUGGGAACAGCACAGAAGACCAUCAAAGAAUGUCUCGUGCUGUGGUGGAUUCUAUGUUAAAGAAAUCCUCUGGCAAGCCUCUUAACUACAGCCUACAGUUAGGGCUUUGUGUGAAGCAACGCCUCUGGAAAACUCUAAACUGCCCCACCAUGCUUGAAGAAGAGCAGCCUGAUGGACUCAUCCAAGUUAAAGAGAUGUUCUCCAGACCAAGCCUAAAGAGAUCUGCCCCUCGUAUAAAUGUGGACAUUAGUGGUGAACCCCUGCCAUACGCACCACAGAGGAAGAGACCCUGCCUGUGACAUCCAUGCAGAUCCUAGAUUAUAUUUAGUGUCUAUAAUGUACAUAGUUCUUGAAUAAAUGUUUGUUCCUUAUAA